AUGGACUUGGUGGACUCGCUCAACAGGCUUAUUUUCCAUCUCCCGCCGCCUUCGGGCCUGCUGGCUUCAGACUCCACAGCCCUUCCAAGAGAGUACUUUCCUGUGAAGCUUGUGGUGGACAGGGAAAACACGGGUCUGGCGGCGUGGAAGACGUUGAAGCUGGAGCUUUCGAAAAACCGCUGGCGCUGGGCCGUGGCGGGAAACAAGGUCGACGUGUCGUUUCUGAAUAAGCAGGCUGCUGACGCUGCCGUCGAAUACAUGCUAGAGAAAAAGUGGCGACUUUCGUUCGACUACUCCAAAUUCGUGUCCCAUCCGGGCACCUUGUUCGUGAAGAACUUGGCCCGCCUGGCGGUGCUGCAAGAAAAGCUCCAUGACUUCUUCAAUGGCGUGUCGAGGUUUGCGCUGGUGGAGGACGUGAAUAUCAUCACCCAGCCGUCGCUGGCGUCCUCGUCGUCCUCGCUUUCCCUGGCGUCGGGAGACCUGGAGGUUUCGGCCAUUUUGAAGUUUGAAAACUACCUUGACGUGGACCACAUUGUGGCUAAUCUCCCGCUUGCAACCAACCCGUUCCACCCGUCGUUGCCGCUCUACGUGAACCGCUACGUCUCCAAAAGAGAACGGGCCAUGUGCCCGGACGCCGCCGUGCCCGUGCCUGAAGACGCCAUUCUCUACGAUACGCUUGUGGUGGAGAAUCUCGGCGAUUUCUUCAGCAACAAGGUCAAGCUCGACGAGCUCGAGCUCGUCAUGGCCAAGUUCGCCCUUUUCGGCUCCAUUGAGUCCGUCUACUGGCCUUUGGCCCACGGCUCCGAGGACAGCCUCUCUUUCCGCAAAGUGGGCUUCAUCAGCUUUGCUCACGAACGCAACCUCAACCAGGACAUUCUCCGCUGCUUGUACUAUCUCCGGGACUUGACCUACGACGAGUUUGACAAGUUCUCCGAGGACGCCGUCUACGACAUCAAGGACGACAUCAACGGGCCCCACAAGUACCCGGAACCGCUAGAUACGCCCCGCCUUAGAGUCUCCAUUACACAGAGAAAGCACAACCACCAUCUUUACGAAAGCGCUGAGUCCUUGUACGUGCACAACGAGCCGGGCCUGCUUCGGAUGAAAAUAUGUGAUCCGCUGGCGGCUGAAGACCACGACGAUGCGUUCCUCAACAAGUUCAUGAAGGCCUCCAACUACCAGGAAACUAACGUGUACGUCAAGAACUUGCCCGUGCUUUUCGAAAACGACGACGAUCUCUGGGCGCUGUUCUGGAACCAGUUUGGUGUGGACGGCGUGAAAAGCGCCAAAAUCAUCAAGCCCCAGUUCUACUCAAAAAAGUCCGACGAGCUGCUUGGCCGCAUAGGCUUUGUCUUUUACGAGGAGUUCAAAAUGGCCCUCAGGGCUAUCAUUCUCACAAACAAUAAGGUUGUAAACCUAGGCAACGGCCCCGGCAUGGUUGUCCAGGCUUCCUUCGCUAUCCAAAAACACAAUAAUCUGCUGGGCUCCGGCAAGCUGGCCCUGUCUUCUCUCAGCCUGAACCUGAGCUACAAUUACUACACUGACGGGUACGGAAAGCGGUACUCGGUGCCCAUGAACGAUCCAAGUUUCUACAUGAACGAGUCACGAAUGCCUAAUGCUGCUCCGUCUCCUGGAGCCCUGCCGUUUGUGCCUCCCGAACUGUACUAUUUUUACCCGUACUACAUGCCUAUGGCAGCACCAGAGCCCAUGAAAGAGGAGGAAAACGGACAUUCGCCCAAGCAAAAACUGGGUCAGAUCAACCCUAAUGCUCCUCCGUUCCCAAACCCAAUGGGUUACAUGUACCACCCUUACUACCAGAUGCCGCUGCCCAUGAUGAACGGGCCGGGCCCGUACUUCAGCAAUUAUUCAAUGAGACAGGGGAAGAAGGGGGAACGUAAAAAGUCGUGA